AUGUCACUCCAUAGCGCCCAACACCUUACGGAUCGAGCGUCAUGGGUCGAUUGGUUUAUCGACUACAAGGCCGUUGCGAUGAUGAAAGGCGUUUGGAAGCUUGCAGACCUUUAUUCGAAGGAAACCCAGCCUCACAUCCUUUCCUUAGAACCGCCGGCACCACCUACGAUUGACGACUUGAUCAUCAGGGAGAACGAGCGGAAGGAUAAUCUUAUAAAGGAGUGGGAGGAGGCGCCUCUGGCUACUCAAGACGACGAAUCGACGAGGGAGCAUGUGCGAGACGAGUACCGUCGAAUACUUAACGAAGGAGCUGCGGGGACUAUUGAACCUCAGCAAUGGAUUCGAAAUUGGGAGCUCGUGCACUCUAAGGCUGUCGCUUUGGAGCCCGAAUUGCAAGAUGUUGUCGGUUCUCUUGCUAUAAAGGAUUUCUUAAGAGUAAUUGCUCAAAGGUUGGACCUUGCUUGGGGCAGUCGCUAUCUAGGUCUUGUGGUCGACGCUAUUAGUAUAGGAGAAGCUUCCAAGUUGAAGAGCUUGAGAGACUACGCAAAGAUGUUUGAAGGGCAUCUACAGCAAGGAGGAGCUCGUGAGGGUGUGUUCGCUACACUUAACGAGCUCCCGAAAGGAAAGGUUUGCCCUUGCAUGCGUACUCACUCUUGGCAGCCUUCUUCUUGCGACCUAUUGAGGCUUGCUUCUACUGGUCAGAACCCGAGGAAUCUCACAGUGUCGGAGCCGAAGCUUCAAGCUAUUAAAGAGCGAUUCUUUAUGCCUAGCUACGAAAAGCUGAAGGCGAGCUUGGAGCUCUUAUGGAGGGAGAAUGGAGCUUCUACUAGCGAGGGCAGGUCCAAAUACCCUGGAAGUGUAGCUGCCUAG